UUCUAUUUAUAAAUACCCCCUAGAGAUUCGGAACCCAAUUUAUAAUUUCCCGAGUUUUAUGAACUCUCUGUGUUUUCGAGAUCCUCAUUGUAGCCUACCCCAUUCUCCCUGGUUUAAUCGUAGAGACCCAUUUCUAAAGAAGAAUAAUUUGCAGAGAAGAAAUCUUUUGAUUUGUCGCUCCUCUUCUCAGAUGGCAAUUUCAUCGGAUUCUCAAACAACAGAGAGAUGUUCUCUCUCUAGGGUUGCUCCCCUGGAAGCUGUAUUGUUUGAUAUUGAUGGAACUCUAUGUGACUCAGAUCCUGUCCAUUUCUUAGCUUUCCGUGAAUUGCUUCUAGAGAUUGGUUACAAUGGUGGAGUCCCUAUCGAUGAGGAUUUUUAUGUUAAGAAUAUUGCUGGCAUGCAUAACCCAGACCUCUGUCCCAUACUCCUCCCUGAUUGGGAAUUUGAGAAGGCCCUUAAAUUCAUGGAUGAUAAGGAAGCAAUGUUUCGUAGAUUGGCACCAGAAAAAGUGAAGCCAGUAGAUGGCCUACACAAGUUGUGUAAAUGGAUUAAAGAUCGUGGCUUCAAACGGGCAGCAGUUACUAAUGCUCCAAGACCAAAUGCAGAGCUUAUGAUUUCACUUCUGGGAUUGUCUGAUUUCUUUGAUGUGCUUGUAAUUGGGAGCGAAUGUGAGCGAGCAAAGCCGUUUCCUGAUCCUUACCUGAAAGGUCUAGAAGCACUGAAGGUUUCUUCUUCCCAUUGUUUUGUUUUUGAGGAUUCUGCAUCAGGAAUAAAAGCUGGAGUGGCAGCAGAGAUGCCUGUUGUGGGUUUAUCUUUUAGAAAUCCUGAACAUAUAUUGAAUGCAGCAGGGGCCACGUUUCUCAUUAAGAGUUAUAAUGACCCAAAAUUGUGGUCAGCAUUGGAAGAACUUGACAGAGGAGCGGCGGGAGAAAGAGCUACUACAGCUUGAAAGGGUAAUUGUCAGUGUGAAAUUAUUAGCUUACUAUAUUUAUAUGGAUAACUGAGUUGGGUUAUCCCUUAGAUUCAGUUAAAAUUCAGCUUAUCUGAAUAGAUCAAGAAAUAUACUACACGGUCAAAUUUGAAAUCAACAAUUGUUCUUCGGAUUAUCAAAUUGGUUACUUUCACAUUUUGGUUGGUUGUAGUAAAAACUGAUUUUAUGUUGCAAUUGUUAAACAGUUGCCUGUACUACAAUAUAUUCAAUGAGGUGGUAACCUCUACUACUUUGAGAAAUUUCUGA